AUGUCUUUGCCGUUUGGUUUAAAAGCACCUUCUAAAGGUACACUCAUAUUCAGCGGUGUAGCAGGUGCUAUUAGUGGCCUUAUCUACACUAGUAACAAACACGCUGAAGAGUCAAGAAAGAGACUUACUCAACGAGUAUCUUUUCUUGCAGAAAGACCUUGUGGUAUCCAUGAAACACCUCGAAAAGUACUUGUUUAUAUCUCAGCACCCCCUGGAGAUAGUCUUGAAAAAAGUAGAAAUUGGUUUCGUGAAUAUGUUAAACCUGUACUUGUUGCAGGAGCAGUAGACUAUGAAGUCAAAGAAGCCAAAUCUGCUGGACAAAUUGAAAGUUCUGUUAUGAAAGAUAUCAUUCAAUUUCGUCGUCAAGCAUUAGAGGAGGCCGAGAAAUCAACAACAGCAGAGGAUUUGGAUAGAUCAGUGAUGGAUAAUGCACCCAAGAUCAACAGCCGUAAACCUUUUCCAUCUCCUGUACUGAAAAAGCCUUCUUCAUCGACAGAAGAUGCCAACAAGGACGAAUAUGAUGGCAUUUUAGCUAUUGGAAGAAAUGCUUACCGUGAAGUGUUGAAUGGAUUAUCCAAGGGCUGUGAUGCUGAUCCUUUUACCAUUGAAGAAACCAAGACAGAAGAAGUCAAGCCUGAUGAAAGCAAUAAGAGUGACGAAAACAAAUCUGAAGAAAGUAAAUUUGAUGAAGAAAUUAAAUUAGAACAAGAUAAAUUUGAAGAAAAUACACUACAAACAAAUGAUGUGGAUCACUUUUCGCUACCAUCUAAAUUUUCACCUGUUAUGUACAUUCCACACGUAAACAUUAUUGGCUGGUCAAAUAUUCCUUAUAGAUUAUAUAUGUGGUAUGCAGACUAUAAAAGAAUUGAUGACAUUGGCAACUAUGUAGUUGCUGUUGUCUUGAAUCAAACUCGCCCAGUGGAAAAGCAGGAUGCUGAUAAGGGUCAACAUGAAAAGAAGUACUGGAUUGGUGACGAAGAAGUAGAAGAACUGGCAAAGAAUGAUCCACCUAUUGAAAUUGAUGAAAGGAUCAUUGAUAAGCUUACUACCUAUAUCACUGAAUAA